AUAAGACAUAUGGCUACCACUUCCAAUAUUUUUCAACACACACACACACACACACACACAACUUUUUCAAGAAUCUUCUUUCUCUAUAUAUACAGAAGCAUUAGCUUUAUAUUGAAGAAAAUUCACAAAGGCAAAAACCCACGUUAAUUAAUUUAUUGCUCAAGAAAGAAGCAAUAUUGUACUACUAUCUUUAAAGACCAUGAGAAUCUUGCCUUUUCUUGCCAUUUUUCUCUUGUGUGGAGUGAUUUCUAGCCAUGCCAAAACUCAUCAUCAAACCUAUGUUGUGAGUGAUACUCCAUAUAGCAGGCUAUGUAGCAACAAAAGCAUAUUGACAGUAAAUGGGAAAUUUCCUGGUCCAACUAUUCGUGUGACAGAGGGUGAUACAAUUGCAAUUGUUGUUGUGAAUAGAGCAAAAGAAAAUAUAACUAUUCAUUGGCAUGGGGUUAAGCAGCCAAGGUAUCCGUGGUCGGAUGGGCCGGAAUACAUAACACAAUGCCCAAUCCGGCCCGGGACUAAUUUCAGCCAGAAGAUUGUGCUGUCGGACGAGAUUGGGACUAUGUGGUGGCAUGCACAUAGCGACUGGUCACGGGCUACAGUACAUGGUGCUUUGAUAGUUUAUCCUCGUAUUAAGGAUGACUAUCCUUUCCCCGUGCCCGAUGAAGAAGUUCCAAUCAUUAUAGGAGAGUGGUGGAAAAGUGAUAUAUUUGCUGUUUUGAAUGAAUUUCUUGCGGAUGGAGGAGGCCCUAAUGCAUCUGAUGCAUAUAUGUUAAAUGGACAGCCUGGUGAUUUGUAUCCAUGCUCAAACCAAGGUUUGUGUUUCUUCAUUUUUAGUGGUAUAUAUGUGCUAGUAUCUAAUAUUUUAAAUUUUAUUUUAUGGAAUUAUAGUGAAUCUGCAUAUGGGGGACAAUUUUCAAAAAUAGUUUCUAAAAUGUCGAUUUAGGGAAAAAUGAAUUUAUUAUAAAAGGUACAUGGAAAACGUUGAAAGAGAAAUACUACUGUAUUAGUACAUUUUUCUAUUUGAAAAUAAAUAAUUUUUCAACUAUAUGCCAAUUAGUGGGACACAGGAAGCCUUGAAUAUCUUAGUGAACAAUGAAAGUUUAGAUGCUAAUGAUGUCGUUAUGGCAAAGGACACAUUUUUUCAAUUA